GGCAGUGUGCAGUGACCUUUAGGUUUUAAAAAUGAAGUACUGUGAUCAGUGAAAGAGCACAUGGUGAUUGGAUCAGUCUUUGAUCAAUGGCCUGCUGAGGUCCUCACUCCUGCCUUCCACAAGUGAUAAGCUUGAGAUCAUAAAGCAAUUCCUGAGCAGAGGUUGUGUGGAAAGUUUUUCUGCAAAAGGAUACCAUUUCUUGUGUUUUAUACAUACAGGCUGCCAUCUUCAGUAUAUUCUAUAAUUUAGUUAUACAUUAAUAGUAAGGUAAGAAUAUGAUUGAUUUAUUUAUUUUAAUUUUUUAGUGUUUAUUAAUCCAUGCACUGUUGAUAUAGGAUGUUGUUACAUGUGGGGGAAAUAACAUUCAAACUCCAUCAGCAACAUUUGUGGCAUGGUAUCAAUCACUACAGAAAUACAUUUUGUCUCUGUAAACUUACAUUGUGUUUAUUUGUUUGUAUUACUUUCUUUCUUUCUUUCUUUCUUUCAGUCAAUUGGUAAACCUAGUAUUUUUUGUAAGAUGCACAUGGAUAUCAGAUAGUAGUCUGAAUCUAUAUCAAAAUAUUUUUUGUUGUGUUCAUGAUUGUGCCACAAACAUUGUAAAUAGAGUUAAAUAUCUACUGAACCUGGAACAUCCCUUAAAAUACGAUUAACAAUUAACUUUUAAUUACUUUUUUAUCUGAAACAAUAUAAAUCAAGUACAAAGGACAGUAAAUCAGGGACUAUAAAGAGAGCAUGAGGGUCUGUGGGGAUGACAGAGCAAGAGCUGGACACGAACAUCAGUGAAGAAUGAAGGGUUGGUUAUGUACGCUGCUGCUGCUGGAAAGCUUUGUGUUUGUGGUACAGCAGCAGGUAGAUGGAGGACUCGCUGAGAAUGAGAUCAGUCAACAGCUCAGCAAUGAGGACAGAAGACAGAAUCCACCUCAGACAGACUCUCUGAGAGAUGAAGCUUCGACUGACAGCCAACAAUACUGCCAUCUGAGCUUCCCUGACAUCCACGCAGCACUGAGAGAGCUGACCGCCACCGUUACAGAGCAGAAAGCCAACAUCAGAGUUUUAGAGACGCAGCUGAGAGAAGAGCUGAACAAGAAAACUGAUGGUCGUCCGGUGACAGCUUCUCGGCCUGACAGAAACCGGUCGCACCAGCCUUGUGUGGACAUCCCACAGUGGGUAUUAACGCAGUCACAUGCCGCUUCUACAGUGUGCUGCACCAGCUGGAGGAGGAUGGUCUACUUGACCUGUCCAGUAGUGUUCUUCUCUUCUGUUGCCAUCAUGUUUUUAUUCCCCGCCUGCAAUCCCAGCUUGAUUUAUUCAGAGAUGGCUGGGACAAUCACCCACUUUCAACUGAGAGAAAUCUCACUCCUAAUCAACUGUGGCACAUGGGUCUACAGCACAACUCUGAAGAGAACAAUGUUGAGGUAAAUAUUUGUGAAUUAUAGUUGAAAAAGAAUGCAUUUGUGGCAGGAAAAAUAAAGAUUACUUACCUUACAGGAUUUUAGGUAGAUAUUUAGCUGCAGUGGACUAUAUGCACAGCAUUGGCUAUAUGUAGAGUUAUCUGUAUGAACUCUAAUUAUCCAUGCAAUCACAAACACAACUUCAUGUUUGUUUUUAAUCAUGUUUAUUGUAAAUACAUUUGUUCAAAUGUCAAGUACAACUCUAAACCAUUUCAAUAAAAGCCAACAUUUCAAC